CAUGAAAUCUGCGCGGGCUGGUUUGUGUUUCUUCCUCCUCGAACUGAGGCCGAAUUUAGCCAGACUCGUUCGGUAGCGACCAUCCCAACGCCACGGUCCGAGAGGGGAGGCUUUGGGCUUGGCGUGCGUGUGUCGUUUAAUCCCGAAUUCAUUGCGCCAUGAACUUUUUUUCCCCGAAAAUCAGCCCAAACCUACGAGAGCGGUGAUGUAUUUAGCAGAAUUCGCGCAAAAUUAACCCAAAACAACGACAUCGGGCUGGAAACCACCGAAUGUUUAUGAAAGCCAUAUCAACACACUCAAGGACAGGACGGGUUUGAUUCAUUUAAAACGUCGUUUUCGUUUUUAAUGAGAUGAAGUAGCUGACGAACUAACACAGUCCGGCCACCGAGUCCGCGUGACGUUUCUCCGAUUAUUUAUUGUUAAACCUUCUAUAAAUCAAAUGUGCGCCAAAUAAAGUGGCUCUCAUAUCGCAGCUCUUAUUCACACAUUUCAAGAGGUGUUAGUGCAAUGCAUGAGCUAUAGAUCUAAACGAGUAAAACGUUAUAGUAUAUAAACCAGUAGCUCCAAUGCUGAGAGAUCUGAGAGAAGAGCUCGGCUGUUAGGAAAGUUGCCAACGACCUAAAACCCAGCUUUACCGAUCAGAACCCAUCGGUUCCUUGGUCAGGUUCAUUAUAUCGAUCAGUGCAUGCAUUCCUGGUGGUUUGUGCGUUAUGGAUCCGAUUGAGAUAUUAGGACUGAUCAAACUGUGCUGAUGCUUUUAACGCUCGCGCAUUCUUUUGUUAUCUCUCGCUUGGCAGUGACACGCGUAUCCCGUCGGGUUACUUUCCCUCAUUUUCACACUGUUCACUUAUAAAGUCAUCUAUUUAGUGCAUGCUGCUAUCGCACAGGUUUAUUUCUAUCUCUCCUGCUUGUUCUGUUAUCCACAUUUUCAGGCUUGAUGGUGUUUCAGUCGGAACGCCAUCUUGAAUCUCUUCACUUUAAGGGUUUUCUGUUCACAUGUACUGUCUGCAAGCCCCUUUUACAGAACUUUUAAUUAGCCUUCUGGAUAUAUGUAAUUAAACUCAAGUUGAUAAAGCAGAUUAUUAGCCUUUUUUGUUUUUAUUAUUUUAGUUAGCGCUCAAGUUGGCGAUUGAAAGCUUGACAUUAACUCCUGCGCGCUGGAAUAAGACUAAAGCGGGACACUAUUCUAUUUUGUUAAUGUAAUAACUUUAUUUAAUCAUUUCCGCUAGACAGUUGUGGGCUCUUGAAGAUUUGUGUUAUGGCGUCUUUUGUUACAGAUUUGAACAGAAUGUCAGAAUAUAGUAGGUAUGGCGCACAAAGCACAUCUCACACUCUCUCUGUGAUGACAGCUUCACACGUGUGUGUGUGUGUGUGUGUGUGUGCACGCAUUUAUGUGAUCGACUAGUACAUCUCUUUGUGACAUAGGGUAAGGUGUCCACAUGUGUCUAUGCUCAAAACAACACCAGUCCAUGGUAAUAAGAUGCAUAGCUAUAUUGCAAUUCCCAUCAGGCAUCAUGCACUCUUAACAAAAAAGGUACAAAAGCUGUGACUGUGGCAAUGCUCUUUUAAAAUGUACUAACAUGCACCAUCUAUGCAAUAUGUACACAUUAGCUAUUAGCAUGUAUUUUCAAGGUACUAAAAUGCAAAUUUAGUGGGAAAUGGGGGAAAAAGACACACCUCCUCAGGGACUGCUUUUGUUUCUUGAGUUCUGUUCUGAAAUAUUUCUAAACACUGUAGAAAUUAGUUUGUGGCCCACAAUGCAAUGCAUUAAUUUCACAAAUAUAGAGGUCAAGAAAGUUGCAUAUGUACGAAAUAUUUAGUUUUAUGUAUCUUUAACUAAAAUUAACUGAUAUAUUAUUUAUUAUUUUUUUUCUGCUGAGAUGUGAAAAACUAAAUUACAGAUUGUUUGUCCUGGUCGGUGUGAGUAGCAUCUGUAUUGCACAUAUCUUAUGUUGUCAUAAUUACAUAGGACUAAAAAUAACAAUGUUGCUCAAGGAAAUAAUUACAUGCAUAUUUUUCAUUAGUAGGUCUACUAAUUAGUCAUGUAUUUAUCCAGCAAACCUAGCACUAAAUACUAUAGUUCCCACCAUUCCCACCACAUAAUGUCAGAUUUAUUGUAUUUUGCUGUUUAAUAUGCAUGAACUUUUUUUCUGUCUGCAGUACUUAUAUCACAGCUAUGCAUGAUGUCAGACUGUAAGGUGAAUGAAUCCUUCUUACGUGAGCUGCCUGUUAAAUACGCUGGACCCAGAGCAGACUGGUUUUAUAGCAGUGGAGAACUUCACCAGUCUAGCUGAGCACCAUGAGUUACAGCUGGACCCCAGUAAACUGGAGAUGCUGCUGGCGCUGGUACAGAGCAACGAACACGGACACGUCUGCUACCAGGAGCUCAUAGAACUGCUGAACAGUAAACGUUCCAGUAGUUUUCGCCGAGCCAUUGCAAAUGGGCGUCGCACCCUGCAGCGUGAGAUCCUAUUGGAUGAGACGGGGUUGGGCGUGUACAAGCGCUUCGUGCGCUACGUGGCCUAUGAGAUCCUGCCAUGCGAGACGGACCGCCGAUGGUACUUCCAUCAGAGCAGACUCUGCCCUCCUCCUGUGUUCAUGGCCAUCAUUACCAUUGUACAGAUCAUAGUGUUUAUGUGUUACGGCGUGAUGCUCAAUAAAUGGGUGUUGCAAACCUACCAGCCAGAUUUCAUGAAGAGUCCGCUGGUGUAUCAUCCCGGACACCGCGCACAAAUCUGGAGGUUCUUCAGCUACAUGUUCAUGCAUGUUGGAUUAGAGCAGUUGGGUUUCAACGCUCUUCUCCAGCUGAUGAUUGGUGUUCCUCUGGAGAUGGUUCAUGGGAUCCUGAGGAUCAGUCUGCUGUAUAUGGCUGGAGUCGUCGCUGGUUCUCUGACGGUGUCCAUCACAGAUAUGCGCGCUCCGGUGGUGGGGGGGUCCGGCGGGGUCUAUGCACUCUGCUCAGCACAUCUCGCCAACGUUGUCAUGAACUGGGCUGGUAUGAAGUGUCCAUACAAAUUGCUACGGAUGAUUCUUGCGCUUGUUUGCAUGAGUUCAGAGGUGGGCCGUGCCGUAUGGCUGCGUUUCUCGCCGCCCCUCCCCUCCUCCGGACCGCAGCCCAGUUUCAUGGCUCAUCUGUCGGGCGCAGUGGUGGGCAUCAGCAUGGGGCUUCUGAUCCUGCGGAGCUAUGAGGAGUCUCUGCAUAAACAGUGCUCCUGGUGGGUCCUCAUCUUCUCCUUCAUCACCUUCCUCCUCUUCGCCAUCUUCUGGAACAUUUUCGCUUACGAGCUGCUCGGGGUACAGAUCCCGCCCCCUCCCUGAUGACACGCCCCCUCUAGUGGCCCCCAAAAGCCACGCCCCCCUGUCCGACACAGGUCCGACCUCAAUCUACUCCGCUCGACCAGCAGUGGAGACACGGACGUAAAAACCGGAAGGUGUGAAACGAAAACACAUACUCACAUUCCCUACAGAAGCAGCGAACACAAACCGUGUGGUAUUUUUAAUGAACACUCGGAGGGAGCUCAAGGGUCCGGUGAGCUUAUCUGAACAGACCAUCAGUACGUCAUACACUCGAAACAUGCACACACACACACACACACACAUCAAAUUUGUUGUGUAUUUCAGCCCGAGGCUCAUUCAUGAUGCCUUUCUGUAUAGUUUAGAUUUGACUCAGCCUGUUAUGCAUUACAGAUGCCAUCCGUAGUAGAUGAAAUCUCACAGACUAAACACAAAGCCUUACACUUGAAGACACAGCGAGGUAGUCCUCAGUGAGGUAGGGGGUUGAUGCUGAGGUCAUCUGAUGCUGUUUGUUUUUGGAUAAUUACGGAUCGGGUUCGUUAAAAUUAUGUUUCUGAAGCUGUUUCAUGCUUUACUUUGUUCCUAAACAGACAGAAACGGAAACAUUCACUCUGUUCCAAAUCAUAGUGGGCUUUCUAUGUGGGCAGAAUGUAAUAAGUGUUACCUUUUUCCAAAUAUGAGCACAGAAUUUUCAAAAAAGCAAUUCCAGAAUGUAUUGCAACAAACUCCAAAAAUUCUAAAAAUGUUUAUAAAUAUGUUUUUUGAAAGACGUCUCUUAUCCUCAUCAAGGCUGCAUUUGUUUGAUAAACAAUACAGUAUAAAUAUGAAAUAUUAUUACGGUUUAUAAAAAAAAAUUAUAUUUGAAUGUAUUUUAACAUUUAUUUUAUUCCUGUGAUGCUCCGCUGUAUUUUCAGCAUCAUUCCUGCAGUCUUCAGAGUCACAUGAUCUUCGGAAAUCAGAAUAAUAUACUCAUUCACUGCUCAAGAAACAUUUCUGAUUAUUAUCAAUUUUGUAUAAUAAUUUUUUAUUUUUUUUUUAUUUUAUUUUAUUGAUUUUUUUAUGAAUAAAAAGUAAAAAAAACUGCAUUUAUUCAACCUUUAAAUUUUUUUUACUGUCAUUUUUCAUCAACCGAAUGCAUCCUUGCUGAAUAAAAUAAAUUUUUGACCCCUUUAGAACUACUUCAAAAUAGACAACCUAAUCUUUUUAUGCAUAUUAGAUUAUUGUUUUGUAAGUCAAAUAUGUUUUUGUAGAGCAUUUCUAAUCAAGUUCUGUUAUGAUGCAGCUGUAGAAGGGAGCUCACUUGGUUUGGGACAGACUGAAUAUCUGAAAUGUUCCAGUGAACACACAAACACAGGCCAGUGAGAGACUCAGGAGUUUUACAAGCAACUCACUAAGAAUUACUUCAGUAUUGCAGUUGUUAUGAUAACUGCCAUAACGUGAUUAAAGAUGCUUUUGAUAUAGAAACCAGUGUCACCACCACAUAUACCGAAUGUGUUGCAACUCCAGUCCCAGUAAAGCCUACAUUUUCAACAAAUGAUCAUGACUGGAUUUAUAUGAAUAAUACAACUCAAGAUCCUCGAGACAAGAUUGCAAAAAAAGAGCAUUUCAUGACCCUUAACUCUAAGACACGCAAAUAUUACAAAAUUCAGUAGUGCCAAGUUAUCAAUUGCUAAGCUGCUAAAAGAUAAUUAACGGGAAUUAAUUGAAUUGCUAAAGGAAAGAUGUGUAUAAGAUUGCUGUUCUGAGUUGAUUUCUUUUCAUUUUGGAAAAGCUUGACCGUGUGUCAGUUUAAUGUUGUGGAUUUUUAUGCCAUAGUCCUACAUUUAUAUUUAUUGAGAGUGGCUAACAGUGUUGGAUUGUGGCGUCUGUAAAGAUUGUCUGAAUUGUCUGAAACUGAAUCAUGAUGAUGAUGAUGAUGCAAAACCCGAAAUGAAAUGCAUUUACACUCACAGAAACGGAAAGUGCUGGAAGCAAAGCACAGAAUAUUAACAACACAAAUGUUUAAAUAAUAAAUUCAGCUGUGCCCAAAGGUCACACUUAUGUAACAAAACACUAAUGCUUUCCAGGGAACAUCUAAGUAAUUUGAAUAUUUUAAGGUCAGCAUGAAAUGGCACUCACAACCCAUAAAAAAAAAGGAUAUUUGAGGACAAUUGGCAAAAAACAAAGGCUUAGUGAAUACAUUUCAGUAGUAAUAAAGUAAAUCAUGUCAUUUUUGGUUUGAUGUUGACUUGAAAUGUUCUGAUCUAGCAUCCAAAAAAAACUUUAUAGACUUGAUAGAGUUCCUGUAAUAUUAAGCUGGCUGGCACUUUUAGACAGGUGAAAAAUGAAACGCUGAUGAAUAUUUAUCAGACACACGUAUAAACUGAGAAAGAGAAGAGAGAAAUGUUAUAAAAAGCUAAAAACCAUAUCGGGAUAUGUGACCGUAGAAAAUGAGAUGAGAAAGACGGGACAAAUAGCUGAUAAAAUGGAGAGAGAGCAGUGAAUGAUUGACAUAUUAUUUUUUUGAACACUCAUCAUAUGGAUGCUGAAAGUGUGUGUUUGUGUGUGUGUGUGUAGUUGCUGGUUUACAGACUGUUAUAAGCACACAUACUGUAGUCUGUAUGUGAGUGUGGGAAACACUGAACCUCGGUCUUAAAAUGUUGGGUUGUGUUCGGAGUGGAAUACUAGCGUAUUUACUGCAUACUUUGCCGUUUGUACUGUAUACUGCCUAAUAUUUGUUUUUUAUAUAUAAUGUGAAACAGUAUGCAUUUUGCAAUCAUAACAAGAUGAUCAUGUGACAUCGCUGAUUAAAUCAGCAAAUGGCAUAUAUUUAUCAUGUUUGAAAAACAAAUAUGAGAAAGUAAUGUAGUAAAAUUAACUCUUGUUGCAUUCAAAAAAAGACAAACUAAAUAUUAAAAGUUGAUUAUGUUGUUAAUUUAUUUUAAGAACUGUUAUUUUAGUAUUAUAUAUGUACUAUAGUUUAUAUUAAUAUUUUGAAGUAGCUUUUAUUUUUAGAUAGUAA